GAGGGCAGGCAGCCCAAAAUAGGUGGCUUUUGAGAUUUUUGCCUGUUUUGGUGCAUGACGCAAUUGAAGAUGCUGAUAAUGAAGUAUGGGGACUGGUACUACUUCUUAGGGAGCUUGUUGAAUUUGUCUGUGCACCUCGGCUCUCAGAGUCGCAGAUUGCUUUCAUGAAGGGACUGAUUGAACUGUAUGUGGAAUUGAGGCAAGAGUUAUUUCCAAGAGUUCAACUUAGACCGAAACACCACUAUCUGCUUCACUAUGCACACCUGACUUUACAAUUUGGCCCACUCAUAUAUACUUGGACAAUGCGCUUUGAAUCAAAACAUUCUUAUUUUAAAAGGUGCAUUAGGGCAAGUAAGAACUUCAUAAAUGUAACCAAGUCUCUGGCUGAACGGCACCAGUUGCUUCAGGCUUAUCAGUCUUGUGGUACCUUGUUUAGUCCCCAGGUUCAUGUCUCAGACUCAACACGGUUCUAUCCAGAGCUCUAUGACCAGAACCUAAAGACAGUGGUUGAAGAAUUUGAUUUGAACUCAAGUAACUCAGUUGUCACAGAGAGAGUGUAGGUUAAAGGCACUACAUAUGCAAAUGGAAUGCUAGUCUUACUGAGCUAUGCCAAAGGCCAACUGCAGUUAGGACAAAUAGCAAGCAUUUUUGUAAAAAAUGAAACUACUGUCCUACUUUUGCUUCGGGGGAAAACUGCCAGCUGGGUACCUGAGCUUGGACUCUAUGAAAUUGAUGAAAAUGCUUCUGACCUGUUCAGUUGCCAUGAUUUGAACAAAAUUGAUGAUUAUCAUCCACUUUAUUCUUACCAGAGAGGUACUCGGUGGCUCAUUCCUCUUAAACACACACCAACAUGGAACUUGUGAAAAACUAUGUCAAGAAAGCAAUGCCAUCGCUCAGUAGCGAUCAGAUGGAUACACUAAUGGCUAAACUGGAGGAAUUAGGAGUUCUCUCUGUAGAUGACCUGAGCCUUGUGGACCCGGAGGACAUUAAAGACACUCUGCCAUUCAUUCAGUGCAAAAGAUUCGUCAGAGCUGUCAAAGCAUUGGAAGCAGAUUCACAAGCUCCACCACAGUUUACCAGGCCUGGCCCCUCAUCAACACCUGAGCCACAGAGGUUACAGCUGCUCUCAACACCACCUGAGACAGCCGACUCCCCAUCCCAAGACACAUUCUGUUUCAUGGCACAAAUUUCCCUCAAAAGUCAUGGAUGACUUGCGUGAAAAGAAGUACAUAAUGGGGAAAGACAGACGAAAGAUGGUUCGGAUCGUCGCUGAAGAUUACCUCCACAAACACCCAGGAAGACCUGGUAGACAAAAGCUGAGGGAACUCGCCAGUAUGAUUGUAGGACAAUAUCCUGCCUCCUUCAAGCUGACAGAGCCAUUUGGAAACGAACCUUUUGCAAAAGAUGGUUCUGAAACUGUCUUUCGUCAGCUGGAACACAGAAUUGAAAAUAUGAAGAGGCCACAAAGCUCACUGAGGAGGCGAGCAGGGGGUGAAAAUUCAACAAAGAAAAGGCCCAGGAAUUCAGAUCUGUAUGGAUGUGUGGCGUGGGAUCCAAUCAUUGAGGGGACUGUGUGUAGAGAAGACCUGCUGUCUAAACGAGAUGACUUGAAACGUGCCUUUCAAACCCGGGAUCUUCAGGAGUCAUCUGUUCGAAAAUUGAUGACUGAAACAUAUCCCAUUCAGCGUGAAAUCCUCAACGAUGCUGAUACCCCUAUUGGCGUUGUAAAGGACGAGUGGCCGUUCCUGUUUGAAGUUCCUCACCUGUUUGAUCAUGCAUCUAAACUUCUUGGCUUCUCUGUACAAAACAUGCUGGCACAGGAACUUUCCAAAAAAGAAAAGGGGAUCAAUGACUUCCUUGACUCCAAAGGGAUGAAGAUGGGCGAAGGUCCAAUACAGCUCAUCUGUGGCAUUGCAAAAUACUUCAAGGAAGACUCUUAUAAACUCUUCGACAAAAAAGAGAUCUCUGCAGAUCCUGAAGUCGAACUCCCAGGGACCCCAUGCAUCCUAGUCAGAGGUGACCAGCAAUUCAAGAUUGCUCUUGAUGGGUUACUUGUCAAUGACCACAUCACCUCUCCCAUUGUGGCCUUGAGCUACGUCUUCUCCAUGUUUUAUGUCUGCAACAUCCAAUACCCACCGGAGAUGGCUUUUACUCUCGAAUUCAUGCAGAGAGUUUUCUUUGGGAUCAAUCCUGAGCGAGGCUCCAAGGCAGAGAAGAAGGGGAAGAAACGGCACUUCAUUCCUCCACAGAAAGGUCAGACACUGGUUGCAGAGCUCUGCCUGUCGGUGUGAUAUGUGGAGUUGGAGGUGUAGGUUUCUGCAUCCUCCUGGAGGGGGCUCCUCAUUUUGCACUGACAGGUGAGACAGCAACAGCAAUGCUGGCAGUUUUAUUGUCUUAUUUUGUCAAUGUCUUUAACAAAUACAAUUGUUAUUAAUGCCUGUCAGCCUGUGGGUGCUAAAAAGUUGCUAGAUUUGGCAGCUCCCUGUUAAAGGACAUGGCUGUAGUUCUUUGAGAGAACAGCUGGUUUAUGUAUGUAAAAUUGCUCUGAAUGUGAAGGUGAUGUUCUGAAUGUUUUAAUGGUUGUAAUGUAAAUAUUGCAAUUCAUUCACCACAAAAAGUGCAAUCACUUUAAA